AUGGCGACCGACCUGGUGCAGAUCGCUCAGCUGCUUAACCUGACACUGGAUGCGAAGCAGCACCGCAAAGCUGAGGCCGAGCUCAAGAUUCUAUCAGAACAGCCCAACUAUUCCCUGUCCCUUCUCACACUCGUCCACGAUGCCACGAAACCAACCCAGACCCGCCUCGCGGCAGCCCUUGCCUUUAAGAACUUUAUCCGCCACAACUGGGUAAACGAGGAUGGAUCCCACAAGCUUGCUGCGAACGAGGUCGAGACCAUCAAGAAGGAGAUUGUCGGCAUGAUGAUUGAAGCCCCCAGCCAAAUUCAGGCCCAACUGGGCGAGGCCAUCUCGACCAUUGCCGAUUCCGAUUUCUGGGAGCGCUGGGACACCCUUACCCAAGAUCUUGUUAGCCGCCUUUCUCCAACGAGUUUUAAGCAAACAAAUGGCGUUUUGGAGGUUGCACACUCGAUUUUCGGUCGGUGGCGCCCUCUGUUCUCGAGCAACGACCUGAACCGCGAAGUGUUGCAUGUGGUUGGUGUGUUUGGCGACCCCUUUAUCCAGAUGCUGGGCAUCGCCGACCAGCAAAUUGGGGCCAACUCGGGCAACGAGGCCGAGCUCAGGGGUUGGCUUACCACGAUGAGUCUCCUUGUUAAGAUCUUCUACGACCUUUCGUGCCAGGACCUACCACCAGUCAUCGAGUCGAACCUGCAGUCCAUCACCGUGCUCCUCCACAAGUAUCUCAGUUACACCAACCCAAUCUUUGAUGGCGAGGAGGACGAUCCCACGCCACUCGAGAACCUCAAGUCAGACAUCUGCGAAGUUCUUCAGCUGUACACAAACAAGUACGACGAUGACUUCAACCCAUAUGUCCAAAAGUUCACCCAGGAUGUGUGGAACGUGCUCUCCAGCGUUGGGCCCGAGAAGAGAUAUGACAUCCUAACUUGCCAAGCGCUUAAAUUCCUUACCGCUGUGGCUUCAGUGUCUAGGCACGCACAGAUUUUCAGCGACGAGGCGACACUGGGUACAAUUGUUGAGAAGGUCAUUAUCCCAAAUGUGUCUCUCAGAGAAUCGGAUGUUGAAAUGUUCGAGGACGAGCCGAUCGAAUUCAUCAGACAUGAUCUGGAGGGCUCCGAUACCGACUCGAGAAGAAGGGCUUCGACCGAUUUUCUCCAGAAGCUGCUCGGAAACUUUGAGAUGCUGGUGACACAAGUGGUCUUCAAGUACAUCAACCAUUUCCUCGAGCAAGGAAAGAGUGACUGGAAGGCCAAGGAUACCGCUGUGUAUCUCUUCCUCGCCAUCGCUGCCAAGGGUGCCGUCACGGCAUCUCACGGUGUCAAGACGGUCAACAGCCAUAUCAAUGUGGUGGAGUUUUUCACCCAACAUAUUGCUGGUGACCUUGUUGGUGGGGACUCGCAUCCUAUUGCCAAGGUUGAUGCCAUCAAGUACCUCUACAACUUCCGCAGCCAGCUUGACAAGGCCCAGUGGGCCGCUGCUAUGCAGCCACUCAUCCAGAACCUGGGUUCAGACAACUAUGUGGUCUACACUUAUGCGGCCAUUGCGGUCGAGAGAGUGCUUUACCUGACGGACGAUUCCGGCCAGCACAUUUUCCCUCGGGCUGACAUCCAGCCCCAUGCCAAGGAGCUCUUGGAACACCUCUUCAGUCUUGUUGAAAAGGACGCCUCGCCAGCAAAGUUACAGGAGAAUGAGUUCUUGAUGAGGUGCAUCAUGCGCGUUCUGAUCGUUCUCAAGGAGGGGGCGGCCGAGUGUGGUAUCAACAAUAUUCUCACUCACCUGAAUGGCAUCACCAAUAUCAUCAAGCAGAACCCCAGCAACCCGCGCUUUUACUACUAUCACUUUGAGGCCAUGGGAGCCCUUGUCAGAUACUGCAGUAGUCUGCCUCAGGUCGACCUUAUCAGCCGCCUGUGGGAGCCGUUUGCAUUGAUCCUCACCGAGGAUGUGUCCGAGUUCAUCCCCUUCGUCUUCCAGAUCUUCUCGCUUCUUUUGGAGCUCAACCCAACCGCGCAGAUUCCAGGCGAUUUCAAGGCUCUUUUGGAACUUGUGCUUACCCCGACUCUAUGGGACACCAGAGGCAAUGCGCCCCCUCUUUCCCGGUUCCUUGCGGCCAUCAUCCCCAAGGCCGCCCAGGCCAUUGUGCUGGAGAACAAGCUGGAAGCCGUACUCCUCAUCUUCCAGCGUCUUUUGGCCAGCAAAAAGACGUCGCAGAAUGCCUUUGACAUCAUCGACUCCGUCGUGACCACAUUCCCUGCUGAGGUGUUGGAGCCAUUCUUCACCAAUGUGGUCGGCCUUGUCUUCGACAGCGUCCAGAAGCACCCUAGCGAUUCGCACAAGCUCCGUGUAGCGCGUUUCUACCAUCUCGUCUCGGCCAAGCCAGGGCUCGGGGCCGACUUCUUCAUCAAGCACGCCGACGCCGUCCAGGCAAACGUUUUUACUCCUUUCUACCUGCAGGUUAUCCGACCCACCACUGCCUUGUUCGCCAAGCCGGUGGACCGCAAGCUGGCUGUUGUUUCUUACACCAAGACGCUGUGCGAGUCCGAGGCCUUUGCCACGCGCUACGCCAAGGGCUGGGGCUUCACCUGCACGAACCUGCUGGACCUCCUCAAGAACCCACCCAGGGUUGCUGCUGGUCUUGGUGACGAGCUCCUUGUUGAGAACGAUGUGGACGACAUUGGCUUCGGCAUUGGUUUCACGCCUUUGAACACGUGCAAGCGCGGCCCCACGGAUGCCUACCCCGAGAUCACUGAGAUUGAGAAGUGGGUCGGACAGUAUGUCAAGGAGGCGAACGCGAAGACGAACGGGCAGAUCACGCGGUUUGCUCAGGAGAGGCUGGCUCCUGAGGCCCAGCAGUUCUUUGCGCCUUAUCUGGCUUAA